CGAUGCUUUAUUCCUUUGUACUAGUCUCUAUUCUACCCAUCGACUGCUUUCCCUUCAUCUUGGCUCUUUUUCCUGACCUAAUUGUCGCCUCUCUCUCGCCUCUCUCUGGCUUGCUAUUUGCCUAUUACCUACCUCGCCGCCGCUACUGAUCUUUACCGCCUUCUCUUCUGAUCUCUACCAUCAAGCCAACUGAUUAAUUUGUUCGGGAGAAAUAAGUGAAUAUAGUAGUCGAGCUGUGUAGGUAGCUAGGUUUAUCACACAGAUCGAUCUGUCUCUUGGAUCCCUGCUUUGGUUAGCGACCGAUCUGAAGUUGAAAGGGUAGUAGCUAGUGGGUGCGAUCAUGAGCACGGCGGCAAAGUUGGGUGCCGGGCAAUUUGGCGACACGACAUACACGAAGGUGUUUGUUGGAGGUUUGGCUUGGGAAACCCACAAGGACACUAUGAAGAAGUACUUUGAGCAGUUCGGCGACAUCUUGGAGGCUGUUGUCAUCACUGAUAAGGCCACCGGCAGAUCCAAGGGCUACGGAUUUGUGACUUUUCGGGAGCCCGAAGGAGCAGCGAGAGCCUGUGUCGAUGCUGCUCCAGUGAUCGAUGGCAGAAGGGCUAAUUGUAAUUUGGCUUCUCUAGGUGUUCAGAGAUCCAAACCCUCCACUCCAAAGCAUCCUGCUCCCGAGAAGGGCUUUAAGGUAAUAAGCCCUUUUCUCCAGACAGGGCGUGGUGGCGGUGGAGAAGCUUUGCCAGCAGCAGCUUUUCCUCAUUAUGUCCAGCAAGCGUUACCUUACAAUGUUUAUGGGUACUCCACAUAUCCCCAAGACUACACUUAUCCAACGAUGAUGAUGCAGAGCUACGCAUACGGAGGGUCACAGUUCCCGGUGUAUGGGAGUGGGGUGGAAGGAGGAGGAUCGGGAGGAGGAGGAAUGUUGAGCAAUGGAGCGGCCUUUUACCCACUUGUCCAGUUUGGUACUGCCGCCUAUGCAGCAGCUAUGGCGCAAAGCUACAGCUUCCAGUACCCUCACCAUCACCACCAACUUUUCCAGUAUUCCUCCAUUAAUAAUAUUUCAGCUGCUGCAGGGCCAGGUUAUCCUCCUCAGCAUUACGGAAACCCCAUCUCGUCUCGGGCAACCCCAACAGCCCUGCAUUCAGUGUGCUUUGCUGUGCCGCAGGCGUGAUCAUGGGAGCGGUCUCGCUGGUCGACGUACGUACUACGUAGCCUCCCUCAUCUUGCGGUAUCUAGUACUACUACGUUUCUCUCUUGGUCGAUAAGCUAGCUUGAGCCUUGAGGUCUGUGCCUGGUUCUCACUAUGAUCGCCAGCUGCUAGCUAAUACAUGAGGAUUGAUUAGCAAGCUAGCCCGAACGCAAGCUGCGCCCCUCGUAGCUAGGAGCAUGCAUGCAUCCUCACCAUCUCUGUGAUAACAUGCAUGUAGAUAGGUUUCUGCCCCUGCCCAUGCAGUCAUACCUCUUUGAAGACGCGGGAUCCAAAAAGAGAGCUUAUACCCAACCAAAUAUUUGUUCGACGAAUAGCUGAAGGAAGCCAACUCAUGAAUUCACUUAUACCUUUGUCCUGGCCCAGGAGAGGCUAUGACGGUAACUAAUUAAGAGGAAAUGGUCGUUUGCCAAUCAACGAGCAAACCGGCUUACCUCCAUAGCAGCCAGAUCAGAUAGAUGUAUAUGGUAAUUGGUUAAUCAUAUACAUACUAAUCCUUCCACCGCGGAGACCUAAUUACUCACCUCACCUCCAUAAGAUGAAAGAUGGAGGUGGUUGUGCGCUGCUACUGCUUGCUAGCUCCCAGAAAGAGCAUUAGCUAGUCUUACGGAGUUUUAGGAAUCUACAACGUAACUCUACUUGCUAGCUGGUCAUGUCUCCAGCAGAAUUGUUUUGCCAAUCUAUUAGACCUCCCUUUUUUAUUCAUGUUUUCAUUAUGUUUUUGGUGAAAGAAUCUUUUAGAUCUGUAACCAAAACAUCUUUCCCUAGAGGUUGAUGGAAGAACUUCU